AUGCCACAGAAAAGGAAUUUCCAAGGAUUCUUCCGUUUUUUUCUCAUUAUAUUUGGCUAUGCGAUAUACGUAUCUGGUGUUCUUUUGCUUGGAUAUGGCUCAUUUCUCCUACACGAGGAAAUAACAGAAGGCUUAAUGGAAUCGGCUCCCUCUUUGGAGGCAUUCAUGAUCCUCAUUGGCGCCUGCCUCCUUGUUGCAGCAAUAGUUGGUUGUGUUGGAGCUUUUAGGGGAAAUCAGACUGUUAAUCUUGUGUUCUCUGUUGUUAUGUUAAUUUUGAUCCUCUCAGGGAUUAUAGUUGGAGCAGUGUUGAUUCAAUCCUCCAAAGAAGUAUUUGAUCUUCAAUAG